AUGGAAAAGAUUUCUAAAGAAACCUUUCUUCUUUUUCUUUUGCGAUUCCGCUUGCUCCUUAUAUUUUGGAAUGCCUUGAAUUUGGGGAGGCUAAAUGUUAGCAACCAAUCUAAUAGAAACGCGAUUCGUAGUAUUCAGUUCCAUUCCAAUGAAACGCUAAGUCAAAGAACUAUAUACUAA